AUGACUGACAAGGCGGAAGACAGUAGAAGCAAGUCCGUCAAAUCUCCAGACGGCGAUGCCAGUCUGGCAAACACCUCAGCAAACUCCCCAUUGCCUCCGACACCCGUCAAAACUUCAUCGGCUUCCACUGUAAAGACCUCGCCAAAUAUAUACAGGUCGAAAAGUUAUACUUCGUCGGAUUCUCAAUCGUUGCUCGAGAGCGAUGCCAAGAUAAAAUCCUUACUCAAUAGCGAUUCGGCUUUGGAUAUGCUACUGGAAAGGUUGAAGCAGAGUCUCUCCACGGCAGAAGAGUACAGCAAGUUCAUCAAGAAGAAAGCCCAGAUUGAAGAUGAGCACUACAACCAGCUAAAGAAGUUUGCUGGCCAUAUACGACUCCAAAUGAAAAACAGCAGCAGAAACUUGAAGAAGGACUCGUUACAGUUUCAAAUGGACAAGAUCAUUGAGUUUGACGAGAACUUGUUUGGCGUCGGGUCCAGCUAUGUCACUGCGUUGAACACAAUGUACGACGAGUUAACCUCUUUAAUCAAUACCAUAACACGGUCUAGAAAGACAAUCAAAGACGAAUAUAGAAGGAAAGAUCGCGAGUGCAUCGACGCGAUUGCUGCUGCGGAAAAGGCCAAAGUGAGGUACAACCACUUGUGUGAAGACUUGGAAAAAUUGAAAAACUCAGACCCAUCCAAAAAAUCUUUUAGUUUAAAGAGCAAGACGGUGGAGCAGCAAGAAGACGAUUUGCAGAGGAAGGUGGAUGCUGCCGAUCAAGAUUACAAGGCCAAAGUUGCAACGUGCAAGAAGUUGAAGGAUGAAAUAUUGGUGAUCCAUCGUCCCAACAAUGCGAAAAAAUUGAAGAAUCUCAUUUUGGAGAUGGACAUUGCUCUUAAUGUGCAGUUGCAAAAGUAUGCCACGUGGAAUGAGACGCUCAUAAUGAACUCAGGUGUUCUAAUAAGCCCCUUGCAAUCGACAAAGCCCUCUAUGAAAGCCAUGGCCAGCUCCGUUGAUAACGAAAGGGACUUGUACGAGUAUAUCGUCAAGCAUGGGUCGCAAGUUUCAAAUAAGUCGCUCUCGCCUAUUGACUACAAUAUUCAUCCAUCGUUGAUCAAAGCUAGCAACAUCGGCAAGCCAUUUUUGAACAACAAUAAUCAUAACAACAUCAACAACAACACUAAUAACAUCAACUUCAAUAAUAAUAAUAAUAAUAAUAACAUUAACAACAAUAGCACCAGUUUUAACAAUUACAGCAACGUUAACCCAUCAAGAGUGAGUAACAGCACUAGCAACAUCAAAGCAGCAGUCUCUGCAAACCCAGACAGAGUCAAAUCGCCAAGCGUUGUCAAUACAAGCAGCAGUAGUUCCGUCCCUUACGUGGGCAGUGUUGUCCCCAGAGCCAACCUUUGUGACGAUGCUCGAAACAAGAGCGACUCGUCAAAGUCGGCCAGCGUGGAGUCUCCGUAUUCUGCACCAACCUACCUGUCCUUGGACCCCGGCAGCCAACCGGGCACUCCCAACCUCAACGGGCCAAAGCCACUCAACUCGAUAACAACCUAUAAACAGCCCACUUUCGGGGUUUCCAUUGAGGAAGUGAUUACGUUUGCCGGUAUAGAUAAUGUGCCCUUGAUUGUCCGCAAGUGUAUCGAGGUGGUUGAAAGUUUCGGUAUAGAUGUGGUUGGGAUUUACCGCACGAGCUCGAAUCUUAGCCAGGUUACAAAACUAAAGGACUCGAUAGACUCAAAUUUCACCAACUAUCUCCAAAUUGGCAAGAAUAUCGACCCCAACAACGUGCUAGAUGCCGACAUAUUUUGCAUUGCGUCGCUACUCAAACUUUACUUGGCCAGCUUACCGGAACCAUUGGUGACGUCGGCAGAGGCGAAGUCUUUUAUUGAAACGGUAAAGUUGAACGACGAACACCUCAUUGCUAAGAAACUACAUCAUUUAGUAUACAAUUUGCCCGAUGGCGCCUAUUUUACCUUGAGAGCCUUGAUAUUCCACUUGAACAAGAUUGCCGCACACGAAUCUCAGAAUCGGAUGAAUGCAAAAUCAUUGGCAAUCAUCUGGGGACCCGUCGUUUUUAAUGACAAAACAUCGAGCGCUCAGGACCUAAGCUACAAGACCAAAGUUGUUGAAGAGCUAAUGUCCAUUGCCAAUGACAUCUUUGAAUUAGACGAGUAA